GGCGGAGCCAGGGCUGAGGCGGCGGCGGCGGCAGCGGCGCCACGGAGCAUCCCGGCGAGAGAUUAAAUGGCCUCUGACCGGUGGAAUUAGGCGUUGCUGUGGAGAUUUCCUUUUCUUUGCCUGUCUCUCACCCCUUCUGAGGAGGAGGCUGCUGAUAGCGGGAUGUUUGCUUACUUCCUCCCAGGCCACAGCCAGCAGGUGUGAAGGAGCCAUUUGCCAUGGAAAUCAGGGAGCCGGAGAACCCCACGCCCACCUACCACUUCAUUCCCGAGGCCAACCAGACCCAGAAGGAAGAUGUCCAGAUGGCGUCUGAAGGCCCCUCCGAAGGCCCCUCGGAAGCCAUGCAGCUGAAGAAGGAGAUCUCGCUGCUGAGUGGCAUCAGCCUGGUGGUGGGCAACAUGAUUGGCUCAGGGAUCUUCGUCUCGCCCAAGGGGGUGCUGGUGUACACUACCUCCUACGGCUUGUCCCUGAUCAUAUGGGUCAUCGGCGGGCUUUUCUCUGUGGUGGGCGCCCUUUGCUAUGCCGAGCUGGGGACCACCAUCACCAAGUCUGGAGCCAGCUACGCUUAUAUUCUAGAGGCCUUUGGGGGCUUCAUUGCCUUCAUCCGUCUGUGGGCCUCCCUGCUAAUCAUUGAGCCCACCAGCCAGGCUGUUAUCGCCAUCACCUUCGCCAACUACAUCGUCCAGCCCAUGUUUCCCACCUGUGACCCUCCAUACCUGGCCUGCCGUCUCCUGGCUGCUGCUUGCAUAUGUCUGCUGACGUUUGUGAACUGUGCCUAUGUUAAGUGGGGCACGCGGGUUCAAGACGCGUUCACUUAUGCCAAGGUGCUAGCGCUCAUUGCCAUCAUUGUCAUGGGCCUUGUUAAACUGUGCCAGGGAAAAUCUGAGCACUUUGAGGACGCCUUUGAAGGUUCCUCCUGGAGUUUAGGAAACCUUUCCCUCGCCCUCUACUCUGCCCUGUUCUCUUACUCAGGUUGGGACACCCUUAAUUUUGUAACAGAAGAAAUCAAAAACCCAGAAAGAAACCUGCCCCUGGCCAUUGGGAUCUCCAUGCCCAUCGUGAUGCUCAUCUACAUCCUGACCAAUGUGGCCUAUUACACAGUGCUGAGCAUGUCGGAAGUCCUGGGCAGUGAUGCGGUGGCCGUGACUUUUGCGGACAAGACAUUCGGCAUGUUCAGCUGGACCAUCCCCAUCGCUGUGGCUCUGUCCUGCUUCGGGGGGCUCAAUGCGUCUAUCUUUGCUUCGUCAAGGUUGUUCUUCGUGGGCUCCCGUGAAGGCCACCUCCCAGACCUUCUGUCCAUGAUCAAUGUCGAGCGCUUCACGCCUAUUCCCGCUUUACUGUUCAAUUGCACCAUGGCGCUCCUCUACCUCACGGUGGAAGAUGUUUUCUUGCUCAUCAACUACUUCAGCUUCAGCUACUGGUUCUUCGUGGGCCUGUCUGUCUUUGGACAGCUCUACCUCCGCUGGAAGCAGCCCGAGCGGCCCCGGCCUCUGAAGCUCAGCCUGUUUUUCCCCAUCGUGUUCUGCAUAUGCUCCGUGUUUCUGGUGACGGUGCCGCUCUUCAGUGACACCAUCAAUUCUUUCAUCGGCAUCGGGAUCGCCCUUUCCGGGAUCCCUUGCUUCUUCCUGGGUGUUUACCUGCCAGAGUCCCGGAGGCCACUCUUAAUUCGGAAUGUCUUGGGGAGUGUCACCAGAAUCACGCAGAAGCUUUGCUUUUGUGUCCUGACGGACCUAGAUACAGAUGAAGAGGAAAGGAUGAUGAUUGAUAGGAAAACUGACUAGCUGCCAGAGGUGAUACCCCUGAGGCCUGGCAGGCUGGCUGCUGUGGCCACAGCCACCAGGAUACAGUGACAAGAUCAUGUGGGCCUCACCCUCUUGUACUAAAGGAGCCUGUCUGCCCUCCUUAUGUAGUGGGGCACAGGGCCGAUGGCCUACUUGGUGUCCGCUCUCCUUUAGAAGGGACUUUGGAGGGUGCUGAUGUACGUGGCUGUCGCCUUCUGUUCCUGGGGGUAGAUGCAGUCCUUAAGCUUAUUUGCUGAGCUGCAGUCGGGGAAGGAGUGGGUGGCUGGCGCUUCUGAUUAUGGAAGCCUGACUCCCUACAGAGGAACUGUUUUCUGGGUGGGGUUUCUCUGACUAGGUCUGAGCACUUGACCUUAGAAACCCAAGAUGCUACCAUGUCCUCUGCUGACCCCAAAUCCCUCCUGGGGCAGAGGGUUGUGUCCCAUAUUUAUUGAUAUUUGCCCAGAAAAAGCAAUUCUAGCAAAGCACUGGGUGUCCACCUACGAAUGUGGUAGGCUGAUGAUUGUUCUCUUUGAUUUCGGGCCACACCUGGCUGUGCGCAGGAGUCACUCUGGGCAGUGCUCAGGGGACUACAUGUGGCGCCGGGAUUGAACCCAGCUGUGUGCAAGGCAAGUAAGUGCCUUAUGUGCUGAACUCUCUCUGGCUUCGAUGAUUGUGUGUUCGAAUUAAGUACUCAAAGCUGAAUUUCUCUGCCCUCAGAGAUUAUCUCUGUGUGGCAAUAAGUCAGAUACUGACCAGAAUUUUUUUUUCUUCUUGGUUUUAGCAAAAUAUUUAGUUGAAUCUCAGCUGCAAAGGUGAACUUUAGAUUUUUCUCUCAUGUCUCAGCUUUCUCUUAGAAUAUAGAUCUCAUUACAAGCACAAGGCUUAGUAAGGACAAAAUGAACAAAUUCACGAGUCAGAAACCUGAUCGUUUGAAUAAUCCUUUAUUUUUUACCUGAGAUUAUGUCUUUCUUCUAACUGAUAAAGUAAAUUGCCUGGUUUCUGGUAUAAACUUUAGGUGAAGGCAGAAAUUUGCCUAGAAUCCAGGUAGAUCAACUCAGUCAGUUCUUUCAGCCAAUGACUCAUUAACCCCAAAUACCAAAUAGCUUGUCCUCUCUGUAUGGGCCACAGUGAAGGGCUGCUUUGCAGAGCCAUGCAAGCCCUUCUUGGUGCUAGAAGUAGUCAUUUUCUUUUUUUUGUGUGUGAACCUCACAAUAGGUUGCAUUCGCCUCUUCUAUCUGACUCCCAGGCUGUUUACAAUUGGAAUUGCCUUGGUGUAAAGUGUCUUUCGUCAGUGAGCUCUGUGGGGGCUGCAGUCUCAGGAAGAGCUCGGGACUUGUGGGGAUUUACAUUUUCUCCCUGUAGAGAGCAGGGCAGACUCUGGGAAACGCUGCUUCAGCCUUGAUCUGACUCCCCACAUGUGAGACUGGAAACAACCAAUGUGGAUGCGUAGGCCCUGGUUUGGUACCCAGUCCGGCCAGGCCAGAGCAGCAGUUUGGGGCUGGUGAUGUUCCCUCAUGUGCAGGGUGACUGCUCUGGAUUGUAUAAGUGACGCCCCUGGACAGUCGCCCUGGCCCCGAACACGAUCACAGUUGCUUUUUUGGGUUCAUGGCACGCCUCUGUGAGAACAUAGGACAUUUCUAAUGUCACGGGCCGGGGAUUUGCAGAGCUAAUUACUGCCUGACUACGGGAGCCCUGUGUCAAGGCUGACUUGCCUAGAUUAUUGUAAACACAGUAAUUCCUGUCUGAGCCAUGCUGGCACGUACCCCAGGGACCCUCUGCAGCUAAUUUUUUAAAGCAGAGUAUACUAGGUUUGAGGAUCUCCUCUGAAAUUAUUGACCAGUGUCUCCCAGGAAUUUGCCCGAGUUUCCUGGGAGAUCACAGACCUCUCUUCUGUCACCCCGCGAAUUGCUGACUGAGCCACGUCAUCGUCCCGCAUCACCAGACGGUGUUGGCUCUCUUCCCGUCUGCUGGAGAGACUUCUUCCAUUCUCCUGUAGGAGGGAAGCCAGCGACACCCGCAGCACUUAAGCGUCUAGGUGGAAUUAAUGUCACUGGGAAUUAUUUAUUGCUUUAUGUUCUCAAUCCUUCUGUAUCUAAUCUUUUUUGCGGUGAAUAUAAUUUUUGAAGUUGUCAGGCUUUUAAUGUCGGCAAACCAGAGAGUGUAUAAACAGUACCUAGCACAUAAUGGCACCAAGUGAUUUCUGAUGUUUCUAUGCCUACGACAGAUGGUUAUUAGACAUAAGUUGCUGCCUGUCACUUGCUGCACUGAACUGUACCUUUGUGAUGUUCGGAUGGGAAACCAGUAUUUUGUUGGUCUUAUUGCUCUGUAGGGCCUGCGUACCUGUACAUAGAACUUAAUCACUUUGGAAGGUGUGGUUCCUGGGAGAUGCUUAAUUACUCCAUAUAGAUAAGAACUAAUGUCAUUUAAAAGACAGGGAAAAUGAACACAAAGUGAAUUGGGUGUAGAUAGGAAAGUGUUUAUGAAAAAAAAAAUGAGUGUGUCCACACCCCACAGUGCGGAGGCCUUUUCCUGGCUUUGCACUGGAGUGACCCCUGGUGGUACUCAAGGAACCAUAUGUGGUGCCAGGGAUUCUAACAGGUUGACAGCAAGACAAGCGCCUUAACCCCUAUCUGUGCUCUCUAGCCCCAUUUAAAAAAUGUUAAGAGGGGGCUGGAGCAAUAGCACAGCGGGUAGGGCAUUUGCUUUGCACGCGGCCAACCCGGGUUCGAUUCCCAGCAUCCCAUAUGGUCCCCUGAGCACCGCCAGGGCUAAUUCCUGUGCACCAGAGUAACCCCUGUGCACCAUCGGGUGUGACGCAAAAAAAAAAAAAAAAUAGUUAAAGAGGUAGAAAACAACUAUCUCCCUGUUUUCCCACUUGAGUGAUCUGUGCCACAGGGCAAGAGGACACACCCUGAUUCAGUUUACUGAAUUGUUUCCCUGGACCUGCACUGUCCAGAACAUCUGCUACCCGCCACAUGUAGCUAGUUAAGGCAGAAUUAAGUAAAAAGCCAAUCCUUCAGUUGUACUACACACAUUUCAGGUGUUCAACAGCCACCUGUGACCGGAAGCUGCUAGUGCAGUACAGGCACAGGACAUACUAUGGAGUUCCUGGACAGUGCACACUAGAAUGAAUGCCAACUAAAAUCAAGGUCUUAUUUGGAAAGCAUCAGAGUCAAUAUGCUUGUAAGAGAUCAAUUGUAAGACCAAUGUGUCAUGUUCAUAGGGCCCAGAGACAGCUCACUAGGCUGAGUACUCGCUUUGCAUGUAGUAGGCCCGGGUUUGACUCCCAGCACUUCAUGGUCCUCUGAGCACUGCCAAGAACUAGCUUCAGCCUUCCCAUCUCCCCCAGAUAUUCUGGUU